AUGUCAGCCUGGCACGAAAGACGAGAAACCCCGAUGCGUCAUCAUCGUCGCCCGGAGCCCGGGUACUUCUCCGCCACCCCGUCACCCACGACAUGCAACCCGGUCCUCAUGGACCUGACGACGAGCUUCAGCGCGAGUCUGUCGAGUCUCGCCUGGCUGACGUCGAGCAGCGCGGGUUCCCCGUCCAGCAGCAGCACCUGCGAGGGUUCCUUGGACAGCUCUGGGCCCGGCGGGGCCGGGUUCCGCGCCGGCGGCAUGAGUCUGUCUCUGAUGGGGCCCCCCAGGGUGCGGAGGAACCCGUUUUUCCGACCCGCCGGUGCAGCCCGGGCUGCAGCUGAGGACAUCUUGCGAAACCCGCCGGAAGUGCGGCCCAAGACGAAUCUGACCAAGUAUAAGGCCUUGCCGGCGAUCGGAACCCUACACAAUGAGAAUGUUGUGGUUCCCGAGGCUGUUGAUGUGUUGAAGCAAAAUGGUGGUGGUGGUGAUGAUGAUGAAGAUGAUGAAGAGCUUAGUCGCGAAGGCUCACCGGAAAUGGACGAAUUCAUGCCAUUCCCCGACGACGUGAACAAUUUCGGCGACGACGAAGACGACGGCGAAGAAGAAGAGCUCCAAGACGAGGCCCUUUUCAUGGUCCACGACUCGAACCUGGUGCCAGACAUUGAGUCGCAACCCAGGCCUCCUCUGGUGCGUCGCAGAACCUUCGAGAUCAUAGAACCCGUGGAUGAUGAGCUUGAUCGACCCGUCAUAAGCGAUGAUGAUGAUGAGAAUAAGGGAGACAGCAGAGAUGAAACCCAGUGUGACUUUGAUGGGGUACAUGAUCACUGAUGGGAGUUGAAGCAUUGUGUUCCCCAACCCUUUGGGACCCCUGGACCCAUGAAUUCCCAUCUUUAAAAAUUUUUGACUGGCUAAUUUUCAAAAGAAUUUCUGCAGACUGGCAAGGUUUCAUAAAAUGUUUGCAGAUACAAAAUGUUUUGUUGGAAAGACUUUGUGGCAGGUAUUGAACAGUUUCUGCUUAAUUUUUCAAAAAUUAAGUCAAGAUCUGAUGAAGCAGCUACAGUAAAAUUUUCUUCAAAAAUCGAAAAGGUGGCCUUGAAGAAAGGUUUCUCAAAUUGAAAAAUUAAAAUAAUUUAUUUCAGCUGGUGAAAAUUUGUCUGGAGCAUUAUUAGGACAAAAGUCAACUUUUAUUUUUCAUCAAAUAAUUUCAGAUAUCCUUGUACAGGUGAACCUGGAUAACUUGAACCCCCUAAGUCAAUUUUUUUCAGGUCCCCACCUGAAUCCCCUUAGAAACAAUACAUUAAAAAGCUCCAUGAGUCAAAAGCAUUUCCCCUCAAACCUCCAUAAGUCAAAUUUUCUGUGACCUGUUGGCCAUUAUUUUAUUGAUCCAAGAAAGAAAAAAAGCAAUAAAAACAAAAAUGCAUUUGUUUUAAAGGAAGCAAAAGACUUAAAUGGGCAGAUAAACCCCUGUCUCCAAGUUCAGCAGCCUUUCAACUCAUUUAAGAAGCCAUUUCAACCUCCAUAAUAUCACCAUUUAAAUUUUUUUUCAAGUUCCCCUGAAAAAAGGCUUUGCAUUGUAGUUCAAACCUAUAUACUGUAAUUCAAAAUGUCCCUAAGUCAAAAACUUCCUUAGUUGAAUUUUUUGCAGGUCCCUUCAAAUUUGACUUGGAGAGGUUUGACUGUAUUUCCAAAAUUUCAUAUGAAGAUAACAGACUUCAGCACUACUUUUGAUACAUUGAUUAUGCUAAAGAAAAUGUAUCUGGACCAGGGGUUGGGGAACACUGAGCUAGAGUAAAGCACAGCAAUGGGAGAUUAACAAGGUGGGAGAAUUGGCAGGAGAACAGUGCUUGCUAUAAAAAGGAAAGCAGUAUUUUCAUGGGCUGGACUGUGUUUCUUUUUGUUGCUUUAUUGCAAAUUGGAUUUUUUCAUUAAAACUUUCUGAAAA